AUGGCCUCGGAUUUCCCUCAAACCCUAGUUGGGCCUUCUUCAAAAGAAAGGAAAUAUGAUCGUCAGUUGCGGCUCUGGGCUGCGAGCGGACAGCAAGCUCUUGAAGAAUCCCGAGUGCUUUUGGUCAAUUCCGACGGCCCAUGGGGCGACAAGAGCACUGGAGUGUCCGGUGUAGUAGGCGUCGAGACACUCAAAAAUCUGGUACUCCCAGGCAUUGGAGGUUUUGCCAUUGUCGAUCCUGCUGUGGUUACUGAGCCCGAUCUUGGGGUCAACUUUUUUCUCGAGGAUGAAAGUUUGGGCAAGUCAAGGGCUGAAGAGACAUGUCGACUAUUGAAAGAACUGAAUCCGGACGUAGAAGGUAGCUUCUAUUCCAAGACUAUUGCGGAAAUACUCAAAGAGGAACCCGACUUUGUAUCACAGUAUAGGUUGGUUCUAAUAUCAGGGCCCAUAAAACAUUCCUCGCUGCAGUCCCUUUGCAGUGCGGCCAAAGCUCUAGGGGUUCCAGUCCUAUAUAUUCGAUCAGUUGGUUUCUACUCCGCCUUUUCCCUGCAGCUCCCUGCUGUGUUUCCUAUAGUAGAGACGCAUCCGGAUCCGGAAUCAACGCAAGAUCUUCGUCUACUGAAUCCUUGGCCGGAGCUUGCAGAGGCCGGAGCUAGCAUAAGCAACCUGGACAGUCUUGACGAUCACCAUCACGGCCAUGUUCCUUAUGUAUUACUACUUCUUCACUAUCUGGAGACGUGGAAGAAGACUCACAACGGCAAUCUUCCAUUGAAUUACAAGGAAAAAACGGAGUUUAGAGACCUGGUGCGCUCAAGCGCAAGAACGAACAAUCCCCAAGGAGGUGAGGAGAACUAUGAUGAAGCCGUUGCAGCCGUCUUGAAAUCUUUGAAUCCGUUCUCAUUACGAAGCUCUACCCGGGAAAUCUUUGAGCUGGACGAGUGCAAGGAUUUGACGGCCACCUCGGCCGAGUUCUGGGUUAUUGCAUCAGCAGUCCGUGAAUUUUACGAGCACCACAAGGUGCUUCCUCUACCCGGCUCACUCCCCGACAUGAAAGCCCUGUCAGCGGAUUAUGUCUCAUUGCAGAAUAUUUACAAAUCCAAGGCAAGGAAAGAUAUAGCAGAUGUCACGAAGAUUAUCAGGAGAACCGAAUCGCAGCUCGGCCGCUCCGUUGAAAUUUCCGAAAAGGAUAUUGAAGUCUUCUGCAAGAACGCUUCCCACAUCCAGGUGAUUCGCGGCCGAGAUAUCCCGCAGGUGGACGGAGACGUGCAAGCUCAGAAGCGCAUACGAACUGAACUUGACAACGACGAAUCCUUGAUUCCCAUUUUUAUUGCGUUCCAGGUCUUGGAUACUGUGGUGACCGGCAUUCAAGAAGGAAAGCAUCCAGAGGGGUCUCUCGACGAUGAAGCCGUGUGGUCCUCGGAGCUUGACCGCAUUCUCGGUGCGCUCGCGUCGGACAAAGCGGCUCCGAUUGACGAUGACGCCCGCGACAGGAUUCUGGAAGCCGCACGGGAGCUCCGAAGGACAGAGGGCGGGGAACUACACAAUAUCUCUUCUCUGACGGGUGGCUUGGUUGCCCAGGAAUCCCUCAAAGUGAUUACUAGGCAAUAUGUGCCCUUGGAUAAUACGUGCAUCUUCAACGGCAUUCGCAGCAGCAGCGCUAUGUACAAGCUGUGA